UGUCGCACGGGGGUCGGCCGGCGAUGACACUGAUUACCUUUCACCAGCAGCAGCGGGAGUCCGGCGAAUGUCGGAGGAAUGUGUCGGUGGGGGCGGUGCCGGGCUCCUCUUGGCCCGAUGACAGGGGGUGGGUUUCCCCUCCACCAAAACACAGCGAAAUCCUCCUCCGACCACCAGAGAUCAGAGUCCGCCGACCGUCGGUGUGUGUGUAGAGCCCGGACGAUGCCCCCCCUUCUCACCGCUCAUCUGCUCCCCAUCCUCCUCCUCCUGUCCCGGGGACCGACCUCUGCCCACCCUGGGGGGGAAAGGAGGGGACUCCCAUCAUCAUCCAGAGGAAGGACCCUCAUCCUCCUCGAUGUCAACACCAAGAGCCCGACCAGGAUCGUCAGCGACAAAUUCCUCUCCGUCCAGCUGGACCCGGCGAUCAUCCGCGACGGAUGGCUGGACUUCCUCAGUUCCAAAAGGCUUGUGACUCUAGCGCGAGGUCUGGCUCCAGCUUACCUGAGGUUUGGUGGCCCAAGAACAGAUUUCUUACAAUUCCAGAAUGUCAAGAACCCGGCAAAAAACAGAGGACCUGGACCUGAUGACUAUCUAAAAAACUACGAGGAUGACAUUGUCCGCAGCGACAUCUCUCUGGACAAACAGAAAGGAUGUAAAAUAGCUCAGCACCCGGACACCAUGCUGGAGCUGCAGAGAGAGAAGGCGGCGCAGAUGCAACUGGUGCUACUGAAGGAACAUUUCUCCAACACCUACAGCAACCUGACACUAACAGCCAGGUCUCUUGACAAACUCUAUAACUUUGUUGACUGCUCUGGACUUCAUCUGAUUUUUGGACUUAAUGCUCUUCGGCGAAACUCAGAUAAUUCCUGGAACAGCUCCAGCGUGCUCAGUUUACUGAAAUACAGCGCCAGCAAGAAGUACAACAUUUCAUGGGAAUUGGGAAAUGAACCCAACAAUUACAGAACCCUCAUCAACAGGGCAAUCAAUGGCAGUCAGCUGGGGAAGGAUUACAUUCAGCUGAAGAACGUUCUACAGUCCAUCCGGACCUACUCCAAAGCCAAUCUCUAUGGCCCGAAUAUUGGCCGACCGAGGAAGAAUGCAAUGGUGCUCCUUGAUGGUUUCAUGAGAGUUGCUGGUAAAGCGGUGGAUGCAGUUACCUGGCAACAUCACAAUAUCGAGGCGCGUGUGGGAAAAGCUGUAGACUUUGUGAAAACCCGACUUCUGGAUUCUCUGGCAGAACAGAUCCGCAAAAUCCAUACCGUGGUCAAUAUGCACACCCCAGGGAAGAAGGUAUGGCUCGGAGGAAUCAGCGCUCCGUGGUCCAGAGGCACAAACAAUUUAUCAGAUACAUAUGCGGCUGGAUUCCUGUGGCUGAAUACGUUAGGAAUGUCGGCCAAUCAAGGAAUUGAUGUUGUGAUCCGACAUUCGUUCUUUGAUCAUGGAUACAACCAUCUGGUGGAUCAAAACUUUAACCCUCUGCCGGAUUACUGGGUCUCGCUCCUUUAUAAAAGGCUGGUGGGGCCCAAAGUGUUGGCGGUUCACGUGGCCGGUAUUCAGAGGAAGCCCCGUCCAGGGAAAGUCAUCAGGGACAAACUACGCAUCUAUGCUCAUUGUACCAACCAUCACAGCCGUAAUUACGUCCGAGGAUCAAUAACAUUGUAUAUCAUCAAUCUACACCGAUCGAGGAAAAAAAUCAAGCUGGCCGGAACUCUGAGGGAUAAACUCGUCCACCAAUAUCUUCUGCAGCCACACGGAGCCGAGGGAAUCCAGUCUAAGUCAGUGCAUCUGAAUGGACAGUCCCUGGUGAUGGUGGACGAUGGGACCCUCCCGGACUUCAAACCCAGACAGCUGCGGCCCGGGCGUACCAUUGCCAUCCCUCCUCUCAGCAUUGGCUUCUAUGUGGUGAAGAAUGUGAACGCUGUGGCUUGUCGGUAUCGGUAGUUAAUGUUUGUGCCAUGAAAGCUACAACCAAAUACGAGGUCCAACGGCCGAACCUUCCGCCCUACAAUGUUCCCGGCCUGCAAAUAACUCCCAGACAGGUUUACUGACAACUGCCACUUCUACAGUCUGAACCCGUCAUACAUGUGGCUGGGAGAAUACACAGGUCCGUCCCACAUAUACAUCCCCCACAACAUCAGACAGGUCCGUCCCACAUAUACAUCCCCCACAACAUCACAGACAGGUCCGUCCCACAUAUACAUCACCUACAACAUCACAGACAGGUCCGUCCCACAUAUACAUCCCCUACAACAUCAGACAGGUCUGUCCCACAUAUACAUCCCCCACAACAUCAGACAGGUCCGUCCCACAUAUACAUCCCCCACAACAUCAGACAGGUCCGUCCCACAUAUACAUCCCCUAGAACAUCACAGACAGGUCCGUCCCACAUAUACAUCCCCCACAACAUCAGACAGGUCCGUCCCACAUAUACAUCCCCCACAACAUCAGACAGGUCCGUCCCACAUAUACAUCCCCUAGAACAUCACAGACAGGUCCUUCCCACAUAUACAUCCCCCACAACAUCACAGACAAGUCCGUCCCACAUAUACAUCCCCCACAAAAUCAGACAGGUCCGUCCCACAUAUACAUCCCCUAGAACAUCACAGACAGGUCUGUCCCACAUAUACAUCCCUUAGAACAUCACAGACAGGUCCGUCCCACAUAUACAUCCCCCACAACAUCAGACAGGUCCGUCCCACAUAUACAUCCCCCACAACAUCAGACAGGUCCGUCCCACAUAUACAUCCCCCACAACAUCAGACAGGUCCGUCCCACAUAUACAUCCCCCACAACAUCAGACAGGUCCGUCCAACAUAUACAUCCCCCACAACAUCACACAGGUCCGUCCCACAUAUACAUCCCCCACAACAUCACAGACAGGUCUGUCCCACAUAUACAUCCCCCACAACAUCAGACAGGACCGUCCCACAUAUACAUCCCCCACAACAUCAGACAGGUCGGUCCCACAUAUACAUCCCCUAGAACAUCACAGACAGGUCCGUCCCACAUAUACAUCUCCCACAACAUCAGACAGGUCCGUCCCACAUAUACAUCCCCCACAACAUCAGACAGGUCCAUCCCACAUAUACAUCCCCUAGAACAUCACAGACAGGUCCUUCCCACAUAUACAUUCCCCACAACAUCACAGACAAGUCUGUCCCACAUAUACAUCCCCCACAACAUCAGACAGGUCCGUCCCACAUUUACAUCACCCACAACAUCACAGACAGGUCCGUCCCACAUAUACAUCCCCUAGAACACCACAGACAGGUCCGUCCAACAUAUACAUCCCCCACAACAUCACACAGGUCCGUCCCACAUAUACAUCCCCCACAACAUCACAGACAGGUCCGUCCCACAUAUACAUCCCCCACAACAUCAGACAGGUCCGUCCCACAUAUACAUCCCCCACAACAUCAGACAGGUCCGUCCCACAUAUACAUCCCCUAGAACGUCACAGACAGGUCUGUCCCGCAUAUACAUCCCCUAGAACAUCACAGACAGAUCCGUUCCACAUAUACAUCCCCCACAACAUCACAGACAGGUCCGUCCCACAUUUACAUCACCCACAACAUCACAGACAGGUCCGUCCCACAUAUACAUCCCCUAGAACAUCACAGACAGAUCCGUUCCACAUAUACAUCCCCCACAACAUCAGACAGGUCCGUCCCACAUAUACAUCCCCCACAACAUCAGACAGGUCCGUCCCACAUAUACAUCCCCCACAACAUCACAGACCGGUCCGUCCCACAUAUACAUCCCCCACAACAUCACAGACCGGUCCGUCCCACAUAUACAUCCCCCACAACAUCACAUCUGCAAACACCCAGCUCAUCAUUCCUCCGACGGUUCCUUCUAAUAAAUAACAUUUCCUGGGCUGACUCUAGGGGUGGCAUAGGAUAGCGUGCCACGGGGCAGACCAAUGCAGAGUGUGGUAGAUAUAGCAUUGUGUGUUAACUGAUCUCUGGAGUCUCUUUAUGUGCAGGCCAGCCAGUCAAGUUCCUCCACCCCAAACUCGCUGGUCCCCCCCCAAUGUGUAGAAUACCCCCUCCCCGAUUAAUAAGCACAUUGGUUCCCCCAUACCUCCCAACAUAUUGAAAUGGGAAUGAGGGACACCUACUAACAAACAU